AUGGACACUUCAGAGGUUGAAGUCCCCACUGUUCAGGAAAUGGAAAACGGCAGUCCAAAAGAGACGAUACAGAAGAAAAAUAAUGAUUCCGGAGAGGGCAAGUCAUCAAGAACCACUAGAAAGAGUGCCGCCAAAAAAUCGAACCAAUCCGAGGAUGAUAAGAAGGCUGAAGAGGAAAUUGAAGGCGACGAGGCCGCCGACACGAUAAGCGAAACGGUCGCGAAGACGCCGUCGCGUCGCGGCCGCGCCACACGCAAAAUCACGGCGCCGAGCCCCUCGACGAACACGGUGACGCCGAUGAAAGGCACUCGUGGACGAAAACGUAAGCAAAGUGCUUCCGAAUCGACCAACACCACUCUCAACACUACAACCGGAUCAGAGCUAAAAACGCCGGCGCGGAAAAAUGCCAAAGUCGCCCAACUUCUCACUUAUCAACAAUUCGCGCCGAGUGUCGUCGGUGAUCGCGUUCUGUCAUGCGGUGAAGGAGAGGCUUUGGGACAUCCGGGACGCACCACCACCAAAAAACCGCGCAAAGUCGACAUUUUUGAGGAGAAUAAUUUGAAGCCGAUUCAAGUCGUCGCUGGCGGUGUGCAUUCGGCUGUUCUCACCGAAGACGGACAAGUGUUCAUGUGCGGCAUCAAUGAGAAGGGAACCGUGCCGGCCGAAGGUGUCGAGAAUGAGGGAAGCACUGACGAAUUCUCGAAGGUCCCGUUCUCCGACGAUAUUCAAAAAGAGGGCAAGAUUAUUAUGAUUGCCGCUGGCGCCAGUUUCACCGCGGCGCUUACUGAUCAGGGAACGGUUAUCGCAUGGGGAAAUUUGAGAAAUUCGAACGGCAAUGUCGAUGUACAUCCGCUUUUGCAUAAAAUGCAAGAGCAUCCGGUGGUGAUUGUGCACCAUAAUAAGCGAAAGAUUGUCAAGAUCGCCGCCGGCGAGAAUCAUCUUGUGAUGCUCGAUGAGCGCGGUCAGAUUUUGACAUUUGGCGAUGGUGAAAUGGGCCAACUUGGGCGCAGUAUUCGCACCAAAACGAUUCGAUCAAAGUUCAUGUGCGAUGAGAGCGGCGAGCAUCUCGUCGUUUCGUUGCGAUUCCGACAGAAGAGCAAAUUCUACGAUGUCGCCGCAAAGAACGUGUUCGCCAGCGGCUUCUGGACGAUCGUCCACGGCGAAGACGGCAAAUAUUAUUCGUUCGGAUUGAACAAUUUCGGCCAGAUUGGUAUCAAAGUCGAUGAAGCUGAUGAAUUGGCGUUGGGACCCGACGGGCAGGACACUCGCGAAUUGCGCGUCUUUUUGCCGACCGAGGCGCCGGCGUUUGGCGCCGAGGAGACGUUUGUGCAGAUUGAGGGCGUUCAGCACGUUGUCGUGCUCACCGAGUCGGGCAAGGUGUUCGCGAUGGGCAAGAACACUGACAACGCGCUUGGUUUGGGCAAUUGGACGGGAAAAGACGAUCAGCAGCAUUGGCUCUAUGACAGCUUGCAACCGUUGGACAUCGGAAGCGGCGAGAAGAAGAUUGUUGGAAUUUCGGCGAAAUUGGCGACGUCGAUCGCGUGGACCGACGACGGCACCGCGUUUGCGUGGGGCUUCGACACCACCGGUCAAUUGGGACUCGGUUUGAAGGAUGAUGAUGAGAAAAUGGUGUCGAAACCCGAGGAGAUCACAUCGGCUCAUUUGGAAGGCUUCUCGAUUAUUGGAGCGUCGAUUUCGGAUCAGCACACGUUGAUUCUCGCGAGAAAAUCUUGUUAA